AUGGCUGCAAUUACAUCGUCCGCAGCACAGCUUGGUCAUCUUCCAGAGCCUCGGCUCAAGAAGCAAACGUGGUCGAACAGUCGAUCGUUGCUGCGGCGGGCAGAGCUAUUGGCAACGGACUUUACUAACUCUUCCCUGCGACGCCUGGAGCUGUCCGCUCUGGUUGACUGGAAGGCGGAGAAGCCGUUGUUGGCAAAGGUUCGCCCAGUCGAUUCAGGCAACCUCUUUGUCAACGACAAGACCUACCUGCUCGUUGGCCUCACCAGAGACCUUGGGCGGUCCUUGGCCCGGUGGAUGGUCUUACACGGCGCCAAGUAUGUUGUGCUCACCAGCAGAAACCCUCGAGUUGAUCCCAGAUGGAUUGCCCACGUUGAAGCUUUGGGCGGAAAGGUUACAAGUUUGCCCAUUCCACCAAUCCCCCUUUCCCAUCUUUUGGCAUUUCAUUGUCGUUUCCUGACCCCGAAUCUAAACUUUCUUUUUUCGGAUGUUGCUAACCAAGAGUCGGUCGACGCUGGCUUUGCUAAGCUUCAAGACUUGAAGCUGCCGCCUACGGCCGGCAUUGCCUUUGGGCCUUUGGUUCUUCAGGAUGCCAUGCUCAAGAACAUGGACCUUUGGAGCCCAAGGUUUUUCGACCCGGACGGCAGCAAUCCGCUCGAUUUCUUCGUCAUGUUCUCGCCCAUCGUGGCGGUCAUGGGCCACCCCGGCCAGGCCAACUACAGUGCGGCCAAUUGCUACCUGCAGGCUUUGGCUCAACAACGGUUGUCCAAGGGAUUGACGGGUUCGACUGUCGACAUCGGAGCCGUCUAUGGUAUUGGAUUCGUCACUAAGGCCGAGCUUGAGGAGGACUUCAACGCGAUCCGGUUCAAGUUCGACUCGGCCGAAGAACACGAGCUUCACACGCUGUUCGCCGAAGCCGUCAUUCGCGAGCAGCGCAAAGAUUCCACGGCGGGCGGCGGCGACAAGGGUUCCGUCAAAGAACAGCUGCAGCAGGCAAUGACCUUGGGCCAGUUGCUUCCCUCUGUGCCAUUUGGUUUUGGUUUCUGGGAGCGCAUCAAGCUGAUGAGUCUUUUAGAUAAUUUGUCGGCAAAGCUGCGUGUUACUUUGCAAAUUCCGGAUGGGGAGGACCGCCACCCGGAUGUUCCCCUCAUGGACCAAGGUGUCGACUCUCUGGGGGCCGGCACCAUUGGUUCCUGGUUCUCGAAGCAGCUGCUCCUUGACCUUCCACUAUUAAUGGUGUUUAGCGGUGCGUCUGUGGCUGACCUGGCAGACGACGCCGCUGCGCGACUGCCGGCGAGCGCCAUUCCGUUGGUGAACCAAGGAGAGGACACCAACGCGGACAGCUCCGACGAUACCAGGUCCAACACGGCGACGAAUGAAACUUCUGCCGGAACGCCCCUUACUGGCUCGGUCGACUCGUUCUCGGAUGGCGGGGCCGAGGCAUUCGACGAUGACGACGGACCCGUUGUCGUCCAGCAGGGGAAUGAGGACCCCACCGUCUUCAACAACACCAUCGGCAUGUUCAUGAAGGGCGCCAUCGAUCUCGAGCGGUUAUCGCGGUCUCUGAGACGGUGUUCGUGA